UGUAUCACGUGAGCUUGGAGUUGCGCUAAAAAGAGAGGGACAGCUGCAGGUAGAAAGAUGUAAUGGACCUAAUAGUUAAUAAACCUUGAGUGCCCCUUUGGGACGCUUGUUACGUCUUACCAUCAGCCACAUUUAAAUGGUAUCAGUACUCAUAAAAAUAGUAACGACCUUUUUUUUCUUUUUGACCAAUAUAUACUGGCCGUAUUUUUUAACUGCUAACAGCUCAGGCCUGAGCUAUUACUCCGGCUCUAAGUUCAAUCACUUCUGUGACAAAAAUACCCAGACGACGUAUCAGGCACACGCAACUAAAUGCAGGCCACAUGAACCACAGGAGGAAAGAAACGUAUCGAAAAUUUUAUUCAUAACGUACACUGUGGUUAUUCAGGUUAUCACACCUAAGCACGUGAGAAACGAACAGAUCUUUAUGUUCCGCGAAUCGGUUCGCGUGAGGGUGGAGAUUCAAUAUUAAUGACAGGUGGUGUCCAAAUCCACGGCCCAGCGAUGUCCUCAUCAACGUAAUAAACGUUGAUCUUGAAGGCCAUGCUGUUGCUUGCAGCAGAAGGCGGAAGCGGUUGCGGGAGUCAGAAACACGUCAUAGACGUCAAAUUCGGCGCUGAGGAUCCUCAAAAAGGUAUUACCAAGAUAAGAUAACGCGAUAUUUAAAUGGUUACUUAAGCAUAUUGCAAAUAGGUAGUAUUGAAUCCAUGGCUCAUCGACAAUUUCAAUUGGUAUUAGAUCUCAAAGGCUAUGCUUUUGCGGCCUGCACACGACGGAACUGAGAAUACGGCAUGGCCGACAUGUGUUAAAGAUUGUGCAUAAACGUUUUUUAAUUUUUCUUUUCUCCACUGCCAUGUGGCAACACAGAGCACACACAUUCAGUACCUCCAUAAAUUCGUAUACGGUGUCAGCAGUCUAUGCAUAUUUACUACAAGCCAGACAAGACUAUAAAACCGUGUGUACGCCUUUGUGCAAAGCCCUGCUACCCUAGCUCCUGCUAUCGUCGCUGCUUCCCUCGCCAUAUUUCUGCAUACGCCACGUUUUUUUUCCAUUCUUAUAUUCCUAUUCCUAUAUAUUCAUAUUUCCUUUUUCUAUAUCUCUUUUAUAUCGUUUUAUAUCUCUUUUAUAUUAUCUUUUAUAUCUUUAUUACUGUAUCUAUAUAUAGCUUAAUUUAAGUGUAGUUCCGUGAUUAUUUUUUCUUUUAAGUUUUCUCUGUAAGUGCUUAUAUUAAUUUAUUUGUAUGUGUGUAUUCAGUGUAUAGUUCCUUCAUCUUUAAAUAUAGUUGUGCUACUUUUUUGAUUACUUUUCGUACUUUUGUAAGCCUCGUAUUUAUUUCUUUGUGUUAGUGUGCUUUUUAUAUUUGUCCUUGAAAAUGUCAGCGCCGACACACGCUUAUGUGGAAUAUGAGGACGGAGGCAAGGCGAUCGUCUCGGUAAGCCUUAUAAAGGAUUACAGUCCCAAUGACUUCAACGAUUUGGCGUGCAACAAGCGCAUUUAUUGGAGAGACCGUGGAAAAGGCUUCGAAGGAGAGGAAGGAUAUUACUCCGGCAACGUCAUGGUGUUGGGAUGUGGCAAAGCUGAUUUGAUUGCGAGGAUGUUGAAGCAGCACAAGCCUGUUCCCAUGGACGUGUUUGAACAAUCAAGCGAGAGACAUCGCCACAAGCCGAAGCCAGCCCUCAAGGAUGUACCAACAAAGGAAAAGCGGCGCCGACUGGAAAGUGCAAAAAAAUCAAGAAUGCAGAAAAUCCUUGAGAAAAAAUCUGCUGCUGGAGAUACGGACUCCAGCAGUGAAGAUGAGUUGGUGCCGAGGAAAAUGCUGAAGAAAGCGGAAAAUGAGAUCGCAGGGCUGAAAAAUAAGUUAAGAAUAUGCGAGCAGCAGCGCAUUGAAGAGCGGCAGCAGAAUGAGAAACUCCACAGCUUGCUCGAGGAGAGGAUGAAUUCCAUGGAGGCCUCCAUAAUUGAGGCAAUAAGAAAAGAAGUUCGUGCGGCAAGGCUGCCUUCACAGGGUUGUGCUGCAAAUGUUUGCAGCGAUAAUUUGCAGCAAGCAGUGCGGGAAGCUCCCAUGAAGCCAUGUGAGGAUAAUUCCAUUCAGGAAGAGUCUACCACACUGUAUGAGGAUUUGGAUCUCGGCACUGCCCCAAUGGAUGGGGCACUGCCAGCUCAUUGCGAGUCGGCAAAGCCCAGCUGCGUCCUUGGGCCUCGUGAAGAGGUGGCAGGCAGCCAGGUAGCCAGCCAUGUGCCUUCCACCCAUGGGCCAGUCCCAGUACCUGCAGAGCUGGGUGUGGAAGCUCCACUCUUCACACCAGUUGGUGGAAAGGUACACAUUGGAAAUGGCCUGUUUAUUUGUGCCAAUAAGUGGACCUGGGUGAACCAAGCGAAAACGGACAGUACGUUUGCCAGGGAGGUUGCCCGGUGCCUGUGGCAGCCACAUGAAUUGGUGGGCAGGAGCGUGACCGGCAAAGUUUGCAUGAGCAAACUCAAGGAAGGUGGCGAAGCAAAGCCAGCGUUAACGCCAGAGAAACUUGGUGCAGUUCGAAAGUCAUACGAGCACUUUGUGGCAAACCACCCGAGCACUGUAGAUACGGAGGCCAGGAGGCUCAAAGACUUGAACAAGCAUCUGGCCACCAUGCUGCGUGAUGCCAAAUAAAGAUGGUUUGUGCUGCGUGCCCUAAAA